CAAAUUCACAGCUGACCCGGGGAUUUUGCUGCCGAUGGUCUCGAUAUGUCCAUCCUAGGUCUACCAGCGUUUCCUUGACUCGCUUCUUGCUCGCCUCUGGUUGACAUCGGUGCUGCGAACCACCUACUAGGCCCAUCCGAUGGUGAUCAAUAGGCACUGGAUCCAAUCACAAUGACUUCCGAGUUGGAUCUCUCGACCACCUUUAUCCCGGCUCUGUACAAGCCGGCCGCAUUACUUCCAAUUGCCAGGCACAAGCAGAGCUUAUUGUAUCUAGUCGAGACCUAUCCCGUGACCAUCGUCGUUGGGCAAACAGGAAGUGGAAAAACGACACAGCUGCCCCAGUAUCUUGACCAAGCAGGAUGGUGUGCAGAUGGGAAAGCCAUAGCCGUGACGCAGCCGCGUCGAGUGGCAGCUACCACGGUGGCAGCCAGGGUAGCCGAGGAAAUGCGCUGCAAGCUCGGCGAAGAGGUGGGCUACUCAAUCCGUUUCGAGGACCUAACUUCGGCUUCAACCAGAAUCAAAUUCCUAACAGACGGAAUGUUGCUUAGAGAGGCCCUCGUAGAUCCUCUGCUGUCACGGUAUUCCGUAAUCAUGGUGGAUGAAGCUCACGAAAGAUCUCUCAGUACCGAUAUUCUCCUGGGAAUUCUCAAGAAGAUCAUGAAAAGGCGGCCUGAGCUUAGGAUUGUGGUCAGUAGUGCAACUUUACAGGCCGAGGACUUUUUGCGAUUCUUUGCCGGCGAGGACUUCAACAGCGAAGCAGAAUCCGGUGAGAUCGGUGGGAAGGUGGGAAGAAUCAUCAGUCUGGAAGGUCGCAUGUAUCCAGUGGACAUGCUCUUCCUUGAGUCUCCUGCGGAAGAGUACGUCGAACGUGCGGUCAAAACCGUGUUUGACAUCCACCUACAAGAGGCGGAAGGUGAUGUACUAGUAUUCUUGACAGGCCGGGAGGAAAUCGAUACUACGGUCCAGUUGAUUGCUGAACGAGCUGCAACACUGCAUCCUAAGGCGCAGGCUGUCCUGCCGCUGCCGCUGUAUUCUGGCCUCACCACGGAUCAACAAAUGUACGUUUUUGAACCGGCACCAGAGAAUACACGCAAGGUCAUCGUGUCGACAAACAUCGCCGAGGCUUCAGUUACUAUCAACGGCAUCGUAUACGUUGUCGAUUGUGGCUUCGCGAAGCUCAGAGCUUAUAAUCCCAGCACGGGCAUAGAGACCCUGACAGCAGUGCCCAUCUCCAAGGCAGCAGCUGUCCAGCGUGCGGGUCGAGCUGGGCGAACGAAACCUGGGAAGUGUUUCCGCCUCUAUACUCAGCAAGCGUAUGAACAGCUCCCAGACGCUACCGUCCCAGAGAUUCAGCGGUCCAACCUAGCACCUGUCAUCAUGCAGCUUAAGGCCCUGGGGAUCGAUAACAUUGUCAGGUUUGACUUUUUGACUUCUCCUCCCACAGAGCUAGUUAUCCGCGCAUUCGAGCUUCUGUAUUCGCUGGGAGCAGUUGAUGAUUAUGCCAAGCUCACCAAGCCCCAGGGCAUGCGGAUGGCAGAGCUGGCCGUCGACCCGAUGAUGGCGAAGGUGCUUCUAUCAGCGCCGUCUUUCAACUGCCUGAGUGAGAUCUUGUCGAUCGCUGCCAUGGUCAGUCUUCAGGGUUCCGUGUGGGUUCAGCAUGAGGGGGAUAGAAAAUCUUCAGAGAGCCACCGCAGGAAGUUUGCUGUCGAAGAAGGCGACCACUUAACGUACCUCAACGUUUACCAGGCAUUUGUCACCAAGGGGAAGAAGGACUCCAAGUGGUGUCGGGACAACCUCUUAAACUACCGAUCGCUGCAGCGAGCUGUGAGCGUAAGGGGGCAGCUCAAGCGGUACCUGGAGCGCUUUGGGAUCCAGGUCGACGAGACCCUUUCCGCUCGAUCCAGACAAGACGACCCAAGCAAUCUCCCGGAGCAAAUUCGGAGGUGCCUUACCACGGGCUAUUUUGCACACGCUGCAAAAAUGCAGCCCGACGGGACGUUCAAGACCGUGAGCGGAGGCCUGACUCUCCAUGCUCAUCCAAGCUCCUUGAUGUUUAAUCGAAAAGCCGACUGGGUCAUCUUCCAUGAGAUAUUGCAGACCGGCGAGAAGACCUUCAUCCGCGACGUGACCAAGAUUGAGAAGAACUACCUUCUGGAAUACGCCCCAAACUAUUACCAAGUCCAUUGAUGCGACACUCUGUGGAGAGCGGAGUGUGAGAUGGAGGCGAUUGCGAACCUACAAGUAGUUCUCGAUGAUAUGGACAAGCUACAUCUGUACUAUAUUUAGCAGCGUUGCCCUUUAGAGUGAUAUCCUGAUAUCCUAGAC